AUGAACUUAGGUAUCAAGCGGCUGGCUCAAGUAUGUUUCUUACUCCUACUGGCAGCGUCACCAAGUUUUCCACACAAAGUGGUGAAGCUCGCGGCGGUGGCGGCCCUUCUGAGAGGUGGGCCAGUGAUCCCAGUGCCGAUUCGGUACAAAGUUCCGCAGCAGACCAAGAUCGUGCAUUAUCCAGUUCGAGUUCCUGUCCACGUCCCCGUGCAUCACCACACUCAGCGCGAGGUGAGGGUCAUCCAUGUCCCGGUGCAUCACUACACUCACCGUGAGCAGCAUCACUCGCAUCGUCCCAUCCACCAUCAUCACGUCGAAGUCUUACAUCCGCAAAAUUAUUAUCACCCUCAACAUUAUCAGCCGAGCAUGGGUCAAACAGUGCAUCGAGAUGAUGUUUACGGGGGUCAUGACGGUGCACAAGAUAUGGGCGACGGUGUCAACGAUGGCGCCUACGCUUACGGCGGAGACAUCCAGUACGCUUAUUGA